AUGGAGAUGAUUUUGAGGCAAAAUGAUGCAGCUGAUUGGGUUUACAAAGGGGAAGGAGCAGCUAAUCUUGUUCUCGCUUACAUUGGGUCCUCUCCCACCUUUGCCGGAAAAGUGAUCCGGAUACAGAAGGCAGCGAACAAUUGUGAUUGGUGCUUGAAUGGUAAAUCCUUUUUAACAACUCAUGAAAUGCUUCUGUGGAGAGACGACAAAGAGCUCAUAUCAUCCCCAAAGAAGGAAUAUUUGGAGCAGUUAUAUAUCACACAAGUCAUGAGCCCUUUGUUAGGUCCCAAACAUGUUGAUGCCGGGAUUCGUGUUCUCGUAUCCAGGGAAUUUCUUGAAUGUGUUGAAAAGAAUUUGAUUUGCCAACGCCCUGCUUGGCGAGUUGAUGCAGCCAAGGUUGAUACUAGUCAUGAAUCUGUGCUUCUCCUAAAUGAUCAUUCACUUUUUCCUGAUGGAAUUGGUAAAGGCAACGCAUGCAUAUCUGUCGAAAUAAAGCCAAAGUGUGGAUUCAUCCCAACUUCAAGGUUCAUAACAGAGAGGAAUGCAAUUAAAAGAAGAAUAAGUCGUUUUAGAAUGCAUCAAGUCCUGAAGUUACGUCAAAAAGAGAUUUCAGAAUUCAGUGAAUAUGAUCCCCUUGAUCUGUUCUCUGAAUCAAAGGACAAAAUUUGUAAAGCUAUCAAAGCUCUCUAUGCCACUCCUCAAAACAAUUUACGUGUAUUCUUGAACGGUUCCCUUGUAUUCGGGGGCUUGGGAGGUGGCACUGACAGUACCAGCAUCGCAACUGGACAAGCAUUUGAAGAGGCACUCAAGGGUGUCAUUCAGGCAGAGGAUGGCCUGCGUACAUCAAGUUUUAUAAAGCUUGUUGCUGAGGCAAUCUAUAAUUCACGAGUUCUAGAUCGGGUUCUUGAUGUUCAGAAGCUUGAUAAUCUUGAUAUUGAAGGAGCAAUUCAUGCAUACUAUAACAUAAUCUCUCAGUCUUGCACGGUCUGUAAAGAACUGGACAAAGAAAGAGUGUCACUUAGACGCACGUCAUUGCAUUCAAUUUCUUUGGAGGAAAGUUUGAACAUUGUCAAAGACUAUUUGAUAGCUGCAACAGCAAAGGACUGUAGUUUGAUGAUCAGUUUUAUACCGAAGGAAGAAAUAGAUCUUGGAUCUUCAUAUAAUUAUAUAAGCCUAGAAUCCACCAAUCAAAGUUUUUAUUACAAGGCCUAUUUCCUUGACCUGGAUUUGAAACCUUUGAAGAAAAUGGAAGAGUAUUAUGAAUUAGACAAGAAGAUAGUAACCAGUUACUUGCAAGCCGUGAAAACGGAGCAUGAAGAAGAUAAAUGUCUGGGCUGCCAAUACUUAUGCAAGCACAUUCUGAAAUACAUCACCGUCCUUCGAAGAUACUUCUAA